AUGAAAUGGUACUGGAUGGGUCACAGAGCCGGUCUGGUUGUUUCCCAUAAAUUGGGAGGAAAACUGUAAGAACAUGUUUGUCAACUGAAUUGUCAGAUAAUUAAAAUACAGCAAGUGGUGCGCUGAUUUUAUUUUCAAAUGUCAAGCAAGUCCGGAUCUGCAGUCGGAUUAGAGGCUUCUCAUUACUGCAAAAAACUUCCCGAAUCCUAUUAACCAAGCGACAAUAGAGAGCUAUCGAUUGGGCCUGAGAACGGAGACAGAUUAUAGUCUCCAAAAGUAGUUUUUAAAUUAAAAUUAGAACGAAGGGUAGGCACAAAAGGGUUUGUCAACCACCAUACAAUAAUUAUGUCAAGAACAGUGAAUAAGCUAUCGGCUAUGAAAGACGAUUGCAGAUACCUCACCUGUGUACAUAUCACAGAUUUUAUCCUCAAAGUGUAAACUAUUUUUAUUAUUUGAGGUAUUCAAAUCACAUUUUCGAUCUCUGAAUCGUAUAGAGGUCUUCGGCAUGAGUACAGUAAACUUAAUUCUUCAUUUCAGUAAUUAGAACGUUCUCAUUUGUUUCAUACAAACCACAAUGACGCCUUUUAUGAAUAAUUUGGAAGUUGAAUCGUAUUUAAAACAUGAAUUACUAAGAAAUACGGAAGCGUGCCACGAGUCUCAAAUAGACAAACUGCUGUCAUGGUUAUGUACAGCACCAAAGUUUACUACUUUCCGUGUUAACACUCUCGUGUCCACUGUGGAUGAAGUUUGUGAAAUACUUGCACAUCACCUUUACAAGCAAGCAGCAGCUCAUGGAAACUACCCGGAAAUUUAUAAUGUGACAGUUCAUCCCAAGUUACCAGAUACUAUUGUAAUAGGCAGUAUGGAUAAAGCCAAUAUAAGGCCACAAGGAAAGGAAGUUAUUGUUGAUGCUACCUGUGGUGCAGCAGUGUUAAGAGGGGCUCAUGUGUUUGCUCCAGGAGUCAUGGGCAUGCCAGCAGGUAUUCACUGUGGAGACACUGUCAGUGUUUUUGCAGAUAUUGUAGGCCAAUGCAAGAAAGGCUUUCAGAAACCUUAUGCACAAGGUUCCAGAAUGUUCCUUGGGAUUGGCGUUGUGCGUAUGGAACGCAAGCAGUUAUAUGCCAAAGACUUAAAGCCAGCUGGAGUUGCAAUUGAAAUGACAGCAACAAUAUCUGGCUGUCCCGUGAUAGGAGCAAAUUGUUUGCCUUCUAACUUAGCCUUACUGCAGAAUCUGCCCUCAAUCGUGUGUGGUCAUGUGCUGAGUCCCCUGCAAAAUGAGAUAAUCCUUGACAUGUGUGCAGCUCCAGGAAACAAAACAUCACACUUAGCAAUGCUUAUGGGAGAUCAGGGUAUCAUCAUAGCACUGGACAAGACAAAAUCUAAAGUGAACAACAUUGUGAAACGUUGUCAGCAGUUCUCACUUCACAGUGUACAUACUUUUGUAUGUGAUUCCACCAAAACUAUUCAGAAAGUCGCAGAUCCAUGUGAUCCAAAAGAACGACAUAAUUUGGUUCUUCAAGGUCCACCAUUCAGACCAGAAUCAUUUGACAGAAUUCUGCUUGAUGCACCGUGCAGUGCAUUAGGACAAAGACCUCAACUGGCAAACAGAAUCACAGUUAAUCAACUCAGAUCAUAUCCACCUCUACAACGCAAGCUGUUUCACUCGGCAGUGUCGUUGCUGAAGCCCGGAGGUACUCUCGUGUACAGUACUUGUACAGUGACUGUUGAUGAGAAUGAGGGGCUGGUUCUUUGGGCUCUGGAACAUUUCCUGAAUUUAGAAUUAGUGCCUGCGGAGCCACUGUUGGGUGGGCCAGGACUGAGAAGAUCAGGCCUCACUGAAGAGCAGAGGCAAUGUGUGCAGAAGUUUUGUCCCCCAAUAGUAGGUGAUGACUGUGACACUGAUACAGUUGGCUUCUUUAUUGCAUGUUUUCGCAAGAAAAUGCAGUUCCUAUAAGGUGAUUUCACCAGUUUGUAUUUUCUCCUAGCAUAUUGUGGCGUUCCAUGAUAUUUGUUCAUGACUUAGGCUGAAUAUAUGUAUACACAGUAAUAAUUUUCCUCUUGUAAUGAAUGUAAUCAUAUAUGUCUUGAAUUGAAUUUUAAGAAUAAAUACUCCAAAAGUGAAA